GUGAUUUCGGGGCUGCCACUGAUGUUGGCGCAGUCCAAACAGACAGUCUCUCAUUAUGGAAUCGCUACAUAUGGGUUGGUCCUCGCACACUGCUCCGCGCGUCCCACCUCAUCCGUGCACUCCUUCCCCAUUCCCUCUCGCGGCCCCGGCUUGUCCCCACGGUUCGUUCACUUGACACUUGACGAAGCAAGCUCAUAAGUCAAGCCACUCACUUCCCUUCGUCUCCCUUCUCUCCUCCACCGCUUCCCCCAUCCAACCAUCAUGUACAUGUACCCGCGCGAACGCCGCCACAAAAAGCGGCUCUACCUCGAAGACCCGCCGCAGCCAGGCCUCGUCGAGGUCCGCCGCAAGAUCACCACCAUCGUUCCUCCCCCCGCGCCUUCCCCUCCCCCACCCGUCAUCGUCAAACCGCCCACGCCGCCGCCUCCUCCCCCGGUCAUCGCGGCGCCGCCCAAACCUCUUCCCCCGGCCGACCCGCUCGAUAUCAUAGACGUCAUCGCCGUCGACGUCGACCCCUCCGAGUCAUCAUCCCGCCGCCGCCGCCACCGCCGCUCCCGCUCCCGGCCCCGCUCCAGUAAUGACCGGUCGCACGGCAGGGAGAGGGAUGUCGUCAUUGAGCGCGAGCGACUCGUUCCCGUGCCGGUGCGCGUGCCGGUGCCGGUGCCGGUGCGAGUGCGGGGGCCCGAGCCGGAGCCGUUUCGCUAUGUGGAGGGGCUGCCGCGGAGCGGGAGGGCGCGGAAUCCGAGUCCGUCUCUUUCCCCCAAAAAUGCGGAGGCGGGUAGGGAGCGGGAACGGGAGAGGUUCAGGGUGCGGGUUCAGGAUAGGUGGUGAAGACUACCCAGUGGGGGCGUGAGGCGGGGGGAUGAGGUAUGGGAGGGGGGGUCGGGGGAAGAGGGGUGUGCGGUUGAGGGUGACGAUUGAGGGUGAGGUUGUCUUUUCUGUGCUUGGAUUCAUGCUGUGGUUUGUUCUUUGGCACGAUGACAUGCGCGACGAUAUGAUGCCAUUGUUUGGCUUGGGCCAUGAGGCUUUCGUUGGAUGGGACUGGCUGCAUGAUUAUAUACUGUUUUUGUGAUUGCUGUCUUUCGGCUAGAGGAGGUUCGGGAUAUGGCGAGGGAGCUCAAGCAUGAUUCGAGAGUAUAUGCUUAGACCCAGGAGUAGGCACACUGUGAUUCCGAGGUUCCUUGUAUCCAAUGCAGCUUUCACUGCUG